CCUGAGAAACAUACUAGAUGCCAAAAUGAAAGCAUUGGUUAGACAGGGGAUAGGAAUCACAAAGCGACAGGCGAAAGUCAUAACAGAGGAAGAAGAGGAUAUUUUGUGGGCGAAAUCUCUUUUAGGAAGCGAUUCUCCGCAACAGCUCAGUGACACCCUAAUCUAUUUGAUUGGCCUUAAUUUUGCCCUCAGAGCAGGAGACGAGCAUCGGUUUUUGCAGGUAGGCGAAACAUCCCAACUUAAGGUAAUGCAAAACGUGAAUGAAGGGUCCAAGUUCCUAGUUUACACCGAGGACAUGUCCAAGACCAACAGGGGCAGCCUUAAACACCGGAAGUGCGAACGUAAAGUAGUGAAGGUGUCUCAGAACAACGAGCGGCCAGAGAGAUGUUUGGUUCGUCUAUACGAAAUGUACUUGAAUCUAAGGCCACGUAAUGGUACUUGCCAGGCGUUUUAUCUACGACCACUUCGGUACGCUAAGACAGAUGUCUGGUUUGCUGACGUCCCAAUUGGCGUGCACACUCUCACCCAAACCAUCAGCCGUUUUUGCAAGGCUGCAGGCUUCAGUGGUUUCUAUACCAACCAUUCGCUUAGAGCGACCACAGCAACUCGACUUUACGAUGCCGGACUUGACGAACUGGACACAAGUCAUCAGCUAUCCGUUGUUAUAAGAACCUCUGAACAACUGACGGCCAAAGUGGACAGUGUCGUACAAAGGAAGUCGAGGAAGGUGACGUCUCACACAGAUACGACCAGUACGCCACCGGCUACAGGAACUGUUACCGUGACUACACCGUCCGAAGACCUCAAGGAAAGUACACGUGGGAUAACCAUGGUCCUUCAAGACGGCCCCUGCCUGUCUGUGAACUUGUGA